AUGAUUUUUUUCAACACAACAAAUCAAUUCUUGGAAUGUCUCUACCAAACACCGACCCUAACUCUAUUGAAAAACGUGUUAACUAUGGAGUCAAAUAUCCAGCCAGAAUUAUGCAAGAUGCUUGUUGGCAGCUAAAAAACCAGGUGGUCAUGGUGUAGCUCAAAAGAUAUUUAAAAAAAAUAUUAGUGUGCCUGUGUGUACUGUAAACUUUUACUCAGUGUGAAUUAAAGAAAAUCUAAAAUAAUAUAAACUUCUGCACCUAAUAAUUAUUUUUAAAUACAAUCAAAGGUAAUUAAUGAUAUCCUGGAAAAAGAAGCAUGAAAAUACAUCACGAAAAAUCCCACAUUCUUAAAUGCCCAGAAUAUCUGUAAUGCAAAUAUUGAAAAAGUACUCUGUCACAAAUUACUUACACAUUUGCCCUUCAGGCAUCACCAACAUAAAAAGUGCUCCUUUUGCACACAUAUUACUUUGCGAGGAAAAUCUAAAAUAUGUGUAUUAAAAAUAAAGAAAAACAUAAAAUUAAACCAUUUUAGUCUAAAAAUUUUUGUAUUUUCUAACAUCAAAGUAUUUAUGAAACAUUUAUUUAGCAAUGUAAAUUAGCUUAUUUUCAUUUACGUCUUUCUUAAAAUGUGUCAGUUGUAGUUUUCUUCCGUAACCUCUAAGCACGCACAGAAUGUCUGCUUCUAAAACUAACAUCCAACUGUUCUAGAUCUAGUAAAUCUGGACAAGAUGAGUUCAUGUCAACCUUUAAUCAGAACUGCAUGUUUCAGUUCAGGAAACCCUAUAAGCAGUUUCAGUAUGGAGACAUGGGGGCGAGUUACAUUAGAUUACUUUUUUUUCUUUCUGCUCCUUUUUCAGUCAUAUAAUGAGAAUAUACAGUAUAGUAAUAUAUUUUGGUAUAAUAAAACUCUAAUUUAAAAUAUGAAUAUUGCUUUUGUUUGUGUUCUGUAUUUGCAAUAAAUAAAAUAGACAUGAAAAUAUACAAUAUAAUUAAUUAUAUAGUUUAUCGUGGGAUGAAAAUUGGUGUAGAUAUUUAGAGAAGUAGAUGAAGUAGUAUAUAGUAGAGUGCAAUAAAAUAUAUCUAAAAAGCAUUUUCUGGCUGUUGCGUGAUCUGAAUAUUAGUAUUUAUAUUAGUUUGUCCACUGAAAUGACUGAAAUAAAAAAGCAGAAGUGUUCAGCACUGAAGUCCAGCCCGACAUUUCAGCUGUGACAUACGGAUACCCGUGUGGCCACACUGAUUAUUGUCAGCGCCUGGGAGUGAUACGGACUUGUCCUUCCACAUCUUUAACAGUGGGAGUCAUGAACCGCAGCAAGGUGACGCGUCCUCUGAUUUCAAGCGAAAAAUCAGCGCAGACCUGCCGAUAUUAUUAAUCAGCAUCUGCGCCUCGGUGAGAAGGGCAAGCGGCAGCUCCUUUCUCUUAUCAAACGACAAAUCGGGACCAUCUUUGCGCAGUGAUACUGAGAGCGGAGCGAGCAGCAGCGGCGGCCACUCCGGGGAAUGUGGACUGGACCCGGGGCCGUCAGUCCUGACAUGAACGGCCUCUUCUGAACCCAGACAGCCGCCGAAUGGGAUGCUCUCAUGUUUUCCUCAACCACUUUCUGAACCAAGACAGAAUAUAUGAUGGACUCCAUGAUGCUGAGCUGGCCUGGUCUUGCUGCAACAUAGCCUCCUCAAUCCAAGAUGCUUCCACCUCCAUUUUUUUCUAUUGGUGUGUGUGCGGUCAGUAAGCCGCCCUGCAGAGCAACAUGGCAGUAUGUCAGCUGAGCGUCUAGGUGACAUGAGUGUUGCCUGUGAGUGAUGUGAGCUCCACUAGGCGCUGCAGCUCUCCUCACCAAGCGUCCAACUCGGCCAUUCAGAUGCUCACGGACAAUAAAGUGGCCAACCAUGGCAAGCAGGUCAGCAGCGACGGCCGAUCCCAAAUCCCAGGUGUGCAGCAGCAGCAGGGAGCUGCGGCGCUCCCGAGUUCGAAGGGUGGCCUUCCCGGCAUCCAUGGAGCCAAAUCCAGCCAGGUUUCCCAUGGCAACCUGGGCCCGAAGGCCUCUGGCCAGUCGGGGAGCGGAGGGAUGCUGAAAACCAAAUCCAAGCGGGAGCGAAGCAUCUCCAUCGACUCCGGCGAAUCCAGGAGUGCUGCUCCGACUCCGGCGCUAGAGCCAGAUGCCAAAGGGGAGGGUGUUAUGCGCAGCAAACGGCGCUGUGUUCUGACCAAAAAACAGCCUUACAGUGGAGAUGAAUGGUGUUCUGGACCAGACACAGAUGACGAAGACAAGCCGCACACUGGCUCCCAGCGUCCUAUCCAGGGACACUCGGAACGCCUGCCUGCAGGACACAUGCCUGAAUCCGGGGCUGCGGUUGUGGGAUCGGCACAAGGCCUGAAAGCUGAGCUGCUGCAGCAUUCACAGCAGCGGGUCUAUGUUUUCACAACCAACCUAGCCAACAGUGCUGCUGAGGCAGUGAUGAAAGGACAGAGUGAUUCCAUCCUCCUGUUUCACCAGCAAAAUGUUCCAAACUCCAAGUUGGACCAGGGCUACCCACAAGGAAAGCUUCCUAACCUCCCUGAGAAGGUCAGUUCCAGCGGCUCUCCACUAACUGGAACCCCUAAAUCCCAAAGCGGAACUCCACGGCCAGCUUCUGCCGGAGUUGGAGGUCCAUUACCUCCAGCAGGAACGCCAUCAUCAGCUGGGCAUUCUGACAGUGAAUCUAGUCAGGCCAGACCUGCCGGGGCUCCCAGCAAUUACAACGGGGCCCCACAAAGGACAGAUGGAGGAUUCAAAGCCACGCCUGCGGGCUCAGAUCCUGGUAGUGGAAAUGCGACAGGAGCUAUGGGUCUUCCAGGUGCUGCUGCUUCCCCAUCUGGAAGUUCCAGCAUCCUGUCUGCUCAUCUACAGAGUGAUGCAGUCCAGAGGAGUGGCAGCAGGAGCAUAGAUUGUCUAUCCAAAGAGCAGCUUGAACACAGAGAGCGUUCUUUGCAGACUCUGAGAGACAUAGAGAGACUGUUUCUGCGCACUGGAGAUCCAAGAGCCUCCAACAGCAGCAGUGGUCCGAAUAACUCAUCUAAUUUAAAUAAUAGUACUGAGAGGAGUGGUACUGAGGACACUGAGAUUGGUACGAACACCUCUGGGAAUUGUGGUAGCAUGUUGCCUUCAGCUCCUCUGGGAGUGAUGAAAAAAUAUGAAGAGCCCCUCCAGUCUAUGAUUUCCCAAACACAGUCUCUUGGUGGGCCUGUUCUAGACAACCCCCAUAUGGACUCCCACUUUAACCUUCUGCCGCACCCGCAUCACCAAAUGCCGUCACCUAGAGACACCAUGAGCCCCUUAAUCGGACAAGAGGGACUCACACGUGAGCAAAUGGCUUGGAGGAAGCUUAAAGAAGAAUACUACCAGGAAAAGAGACGGCAGCAGGAAAUUGAGCAUCCUGGGCCCCCCCAACACUUUAGAAUGAUUCCUGAGGUGGCCAUGCAUAGUGGUCCAAUCAUAAUGAGAGGACCCCCCCCUCCCUAUCACAGUAAGCUUGGAGACCAGCAAUGGGGUUCUGGCAAUAUGAUGCGAAGGGAAGUUGGUGGAAAUGGAAAACUGUUUGACCUGCACCAAGAGGGGCCGCGUGGCCCUCGGUUCCUUGGUCAGAUCCAAAGAGGGCAGCCUGGAGGAGGGGGCUUUCCUGGAUCAAUGGAAGGUCUAGGACCUCAGAGGACCAUCCGUCCUGGGGUGAUAUGGCUUGAAGACAUGCCUAACAACAUCAGCAGUGGUGGAACCUUUCAUGGAUGUUACCCUGGUGGAGCUUCUCAACAUUUCCAAGAUGAUUCUGAGCUGUUAACACGUGAGGAGAUGUUUAGGAUCAUGGAAAAACGACAGAUGCAGGCUGUUUCUAGGUAUGAACUGGACAGGUUAGCUAAACAGCAGCAACAGGGAAACAUGGGGUCAAGAAUAAUAGACAGUUUUGGGGGCCCAGACUUUCCCAACUUAGGAAUAGGCCGAGGUCCACCCUCUGGUCGGGUUGAUCCCAUGGACUUUCCUGGUUCAAGGGACAUCAUGGUCUCUCCUGGAGCAUGUCAUCCGAUGAGAGACUUGGUUGAUUCCCCUUUAGGGAGCAAUAUCCCAAUGAGCAUGAACCCACAGAUGAAUCUUCAGCAACAGCAGCAGAUGAUGUUGUCACAGAGGCUCAGAGGUGGCCCUGGAGGUGGAGGGCCUUUAGGUGACAUGUUUGGACCUGGAGACAUAAGUGCUUCACAAAGUGGAAGAGGUGGAAAUAAGGGAAUGAUGCCUGGGCCUGAUGGACCCUUCCAGUUUCCUGGCCAAGGUUCCUUCUCUGGUGGACAGGUAGAUGGGCCUUUUCUUCCACAACCCGGCCCUGAGAUGUUCGGACCUGGCCAACCUGGACCCAAUCAACUUGGAGCUACGUCACGACUUAGCCAUUUGCCUCAGACCGAAGGCCUUAGAGGAGCAGAUCUUGGUUCCAGAAAUGCCCCUGAAAUGUCAGGCAGCGUUAACCCUCUUACCUCUCCAGCAGUGCCUCCUCCUCAUCAACUUAAGUCCCCAUCCCUCAAUCAAGAGCCGUCUCCUCUUUUGCCUUCUCCAUCUGCUCCAGGACUGAAGUCCCCACUCUCCUCCGCUGGGCAUCACCCCAGUUUUCCCCCAACAUCUGGAGCAGGAACUCCCUGCUCUUCUUCAUUAAAAUCUCCUCAAAUGAUGGGAUCUUCCAACCUUGGGUUGCACUCUCCAUCCGCUUCUCCAGGACAGCUCAAGUCUCCUGCCAUGACUGUGAGUUCUCCCGGGUGGGCAUCACCUAAGGCAGCUCUUCCAAGUCCAGGUGCUCCUACCAGUGGGAAACCUGUCGGCAAUGGAGGAAGUAGCUCCGCUGAAAGAGGCCAGCCCCAUCCCCCAAGAAGUUCCAGUUCAACCCCCCUUAGCCAACCACCUACUAUGAAUGCCACUAUGCCCUUUACCUCCUCCCCUGGUGCACCAUCAUCUCAGAAUCCUUUAUCCCUCAUCAUGUCUCAGAUGUCUAAGUAUGCUGUUCCCAGUUCCACCCCUCUAUACCACGAUGCAAUCAAAACAAUUGCCACUUCUGAUGACGAGAUGCUGCCAGAUCGACCUCUUCUGUCUGGUGUCACCAUUGGAGGAAACAUGGGGAAUACCCAGAUGUCACAGAUACUUAAUUGUCAAGGCUCCAUUGGUUCCCAAAAUGAGCCUCAAAGCCCAAUGGGACUGGUCAGCCAAAAUCAGCAGCAUCUGUCCCAUGAUGCCUCAGGGCCUGAACUGGGCAUGCCGGCCAUGAGUUCUGUCAUUAUGAGAGGAGGAGCACCGGAUGGGAUGGGGCCCAGCAGUGUCUCACCGUUAUCGGCUGCUUUCCCUCGCAUGCAGCCGACAUCACAUGGGCCCAUGCACUCUCCUAUCGGAGGAAUGCCACAGAACUUUCCUCAGUCUAACGACGAUAUUCUGCCACAUCAGCAAUUACAAAUGCUUAACAAAGGCCAUCAUCACCAACGUGUGUCUCACCCGUCUGACUCCUUCCCAUCUCUCCCUCUGGGUGACGGUCCGGAUUUAAGUGAGGUGAUACGACCCACUCACACGGGAAUCCCGGAGUUCGAUCUGUCUCGCAUCAUUCCUUCCGACAAGCCUAGCAGCACUCUUCAGUACUUCCCCAAGAGCGAGCCUCAUCAGAAUCGCCAUCAUGGCCCCCGUUCCCAGCAACAUACUCCACAGCAGCUUCUCAAACAGCUGUCUUCCUCCGGCCCCCAACACAGCGGCGGUCCCUCAUGCAACCCACAUUUAGCCAGCCUGCAGAGCAUGGCCGAACAGCAGCUUCCACUUCACCCCUCACACGGAGGACUCCGACAAAGUAUGGGCGUUCCUCAGGGCGGGUCAAGGGCUAUGAUGUCUGGUGGUGGCAUUGCCCCCAUGUGUCCCCCUGGACAUGUGAUGGGAAGGACAGGAAUGAUGCCACAGCAGCAACAGCAAACCAUGAUGGCCAAUAAUCUUCUCCACCAUCCCUCUGGUCCAUACCCUGGCAUGAUGCCGCCACAGCAGCACCCACACAACUUAAUGACGCAGCAGAACAUUAUGAUGAUGCAGGCUAAACAGAGAAGCAUGUCGAUUCCCGGCGAACCGUUUGGACACCAGGGACCCAUGGUGGGCCCUCCCCACCCUCAGGCUGGCAUGAUGGGCCAGCAGUCACUCAGACAGCGGGGAAUGUCUCUGGACAGUCCGAUUAGCUACGGCUCUGGCGGUAUGGCCAAUAUGCCUUUCUGACCCAGCUUCACCUUUACAGAAACGUCCCAAAUUGUCCAGUUUUUGUUUACUGUUAUUCCCGUAUAUGUUUGAGUGAUAAUCUCCAUGUUUUGGGUUGAAGCUAAUUUUAAGAAAUGUACAAUUUUAAAGCACUGUAACACUGUUCAAUAAAUUUGAAGCCAUUUUCUAAAAAAUACUGUAAAUUGUGUACAUUUCAACAAAAUCUGUGUAUUUGCUUGGUGACGGUCAAGAGAGGAGUGCCUCAGAUUUCUAUUUGUUUCAAUAUUGAUUUAUUUUUUUUCUCCAAUUUAAAAAAAAAAAAAACCCAAAAAAAACCAAAACCUUGUGGAAAUAAAUUAUAUAUAAAUAUAUAAUAUAUAGUUGCUGUAUAUGAGAUGCAAUUUGUGAUUGUUUGCAGUUGUUCUGUCUAACUGUGUUUUAAUAGACGUCUACAAAUAGAAGGAUAAUCUCUGGA